UACUUAUCGUUUCCGUGUGAUCAGUGCGGGCAAUUACGAUCGAAGCAUGCAUUUCCUCUCUCCUACUCUUUCCCCUAUUUAACCUUUCCUUGCAAUGCAAGCCUUUGAGCACUGCCGUUUGUUGACAAUGCCAUCCUCACACUCAUCACAGUUCUUGUCAAAAGCCGGGAGAGGCCCCAUCACUACGCCCAUCAAACAAACCUAAGCUAUAACACACUCGCCCGAUAGAAGAAAAGAAGAAACAUUCCAUUACAUACUUCCAAACAAAGACAAGAACUAGAGAACCCAGAGAGUAAAAAAAAAAGAAAAGAAAGGAUGAGCUCCGUAUGCAUAUCGAACUGUGUUCGGGAUACACGCGCCCCAUUACGAGCCACAUACGUGAACCUCUACAAGUGGCCGGAGUCUGAUGCCGAGUUCAUGAGGUCCAUGAGCUUCUCCAGCGAACGCUCGGGAGGAGGGCCAGAUGUAUCACGGUGGCCUGCUGCCACCGCUCCUCCACGGGUCGUGGACAGCAUCUCAUGCAGGCAGAUGUACCUGAGGAGCUACCCGUUUUCAAGAGAGGAGGAGUUGACCGACCGGAAGGCAGUGUGCUUCGGAGGGGGAGGAAAAAGAAGAAAAAGAGGAGGCGGCGGUGGUAGGGAGAGGGAGAAGAGGCGUCGAAGGAGGAGGCCGUGCUUAGCGCUGAGGAAGGUUAAGGACAUGUCUUUGGGCGCCCUGUUUAGGAUCUUCCACAGGUUGCUAUCUUGCUCUGCCUCUGUAGACGUUGUGGAUUAGAGAGUCAAGGUCAUAAACCAGGUUCUUCCUACUUUUAUCUUUGUUCUGAUUUUGUUUGCUGUCUUUAAUGGGAGUAUUAAUUAUCUGAUCGAACGAAUGCAAUGUUAAAUGUUUUAUGUAUGUCUGAGAACAACUCUUCUCGUGGCUCUUUUGCUCUUCUCUCUCUCGGUGGAGUGUGUGUAUCUGGGGAUACUCAUGAUAAUGGUGGUUGCGAUAAAAUGGAUAUGCUCCCGUUCCAUUUCUCGACUGCAAUGUUAAGUGUUCCUUUGUCGUCGUAAUUUUAAUGAAAAAUGCCGAGUCUCUUUAAAUU